AUGGCGGCCUCCAAAUCCGAGAAGCCAAGCUUCGACCUCAUCAAGCGCGGCGUCAAAAAGUCCAAUGUGCCAGGAACCCUCACCUUCCUCGGCCUCCGCGGUCUCGACCCCUUCUUCCAAUACAAGCUCGUCGCCGGCGGCUGGGGCGCCGCCGCCCUCGCCAAAAUCGGCAUCAACACCAUCCCCCUCAACGUAGCCGCCCUCUCCACGACAGGCGUCGCCAUCCUCGACGACCUCCACCUGCCGCUCCCGCACCUCAUCCUCCUCGGCAUGUCCGUCGGCUCCUUCGUCAAACAAGCCUACUGGCUCGUCGGCAUCUCCGCCGAGGAAUUCCCGCCGUCCUCCGCUGUUGGCGUGAGCUUCUACAACACCCUCGUCAACAGCGCAAACUCCCUGCUCCUCCUCGCGGCGUCCACCUCCGUCCUGACCUCCCCGCGCGACUUCCCGGGUACCUCUCUCCCCUACCAGGUCGUCUUGGGAAGCGUCCUCUACGGCGUCGGCAUGUUCCUCGAGACGGCGUCCGAGUGGCAGCGCAAGCAGUUCAAGGCCCGGCCCGAGAAUAAGGGCAAGGUCAUGCGCGGCGGGCUCUGGAAGCUGGCGCGGCACAUCAACUACGGCGGGUACGCGCUCUGGAGGGCGGGGUACUGCAUGGCGGCGUCAGGCUUCAUCGGGGGUACGAUCAUGGGCGUGUGGCAGGCGGUGGACUUCCUCACGCGCGGCGUGCCGGCGUUGAAUGAGUACUGCUCCAAGCGGUACGGCGAGCAAUGGGUUGACUUCAAGAGGGAAGUGCCCUGGGUUCUGCUUCCCGGUAUUUACUAG